AUGGACGACUCGGAGCAAGACUACGAGGCUAUCCGGCAGGAGAACAUCCGUAAGAAUGCCGAACUCAUGCUGAGCCUUGGAUUGAAUCCAACUUCGACACGACUUCGCCCGUCGUCACCAGAACGGAAGUCAUCUAUCUCAAAAAGACGAAGCAGUCCAACAGAUAGAGCAACGCCAGACUCGGGCGAUCAGCGCAGCUCUUCCCGCAAGUCAUCGCGUAUCGCAUCCGGCAGUCGUCCUCGCUCCUAUCGUGAAAGAGACCUGCUGCCCUCAAUCGCAAGGCCAAAGCAGAACAUGGAGAAGAAGCUACGACAAGGGACGCGCAAGAGCAGUCGUGCUUCCACAUCCUCCAGGACAAAGUACACCGACUGGGACUCGGACGAGGAGAACGAUUCGGAUGCAUAUGUACCUCGAUGGCACGGAGGCAGCACUCCAGGACAGGGCAUGAAAGGCUCAGCAGACCAUGACGACGACAGCGACGAAGCCAACAGCAGCCGAGGUUCGCGCACUUUCGAUCUCUCUGGCCGACGUAUCCUCAACAAGCUUUCAAAUCCAGCAGCACCGCCACUCCCAUCCAAGGGUGGUGAUGAGAUCUACGAAGAAAGGAUGCCCUUGCCUUCUCGGGAGCAUAUUGUCGAUGACAGGGGUCGGGGUGCAUUGAUCUUCGAACCAGAGUUUUCACAAUUUCGACCCAACGUAACACCGGACGAGAUGCUACGGGAAGGUGCUUUCGGCGGAACAGCCUUCCGUGACUAUUACUCAAGGGUGCUGCAACGCGAUAUAGACGUAGAAGCAGAGCUUGCAGAACUUCCAGAACACUGGCUGGAAGACCUCGAUGUCGACGACAUGCUUCGACGAUCGCAGCUCGAGCCUUCAGUGAACAAGUUCAAGGCCAAAGCAGGGCAAUCGCUCGAAGACUGGGAGAAAGCAGGCUGGAUUCGACCAAUUGAUCCUCGCGGCUGGUUCCAAUGGUACUAUCGCUUCUUUUUGGGUCGGAGAUCCGCGGAUGACGCACGUCAAAUCGGGCGAUGGCUCAAGGCGUGUGGUCCAGGCGGACGUUUCCGCAAGUCUUUAGCCAUCAAUGUAGCGACAAAGGGCGGAGGCCGUUGGGAUGAUCCAAAAGUCAAUCCGGUGGUGAGGCAGACGUUGUGGCAGUGGGGAUAUGACCUGACCGAGUCAGACUAUCGCGCCUAUCUUUAG